GGGGCAGGAGGGAGGCGGGGAGACGGUUGUGGGGCUGGUGUCGGUGCUGGAUCCUGGGCGGUGUGAGGGGCGCGGAGACUGGCUGGGAAGGAGACGGCAGCGGCAUGGCGGCCGGGUGUAAGAAGCCCGACCCUCCUCUUCCCCGUUUUCGUCGCCGCCACCGCUGGAGUCACUGGGACCCUCUAGUUUGCGUGUAUUAGUUGUAAGCCCGCCGCCCCAGCCCUCCACUCCACGGCCCUCCUGCCUUCAGUCGCCGCAGCCAGCCAGAGCGUCGGCCGGCCGGGUAACACUCUCCUACCCCACCCACCAGCCCGCGGGCCAGGACCAUGGAGGACGUGAAGCUGGAGUUCCCUUCCCUUCCGCAGUGCAAAGAAGACGCCGAGGAGUGGACCUACCCUAUGAGACGAGAGAUGCAGGAAAUUUUACCUGGAUUGUUCUUAGGCCCAUAUUCAUCUGCUAUGAAAAGCAAGCUACCUAUACUACAGAAACAUGGAAUAACCCAUAUAAUAUGCAUACGACAAAAUAUUGAAGCAAACUUUAUUAAGCCAAACUUUCAACAGUUAUUUAGAUAUUUAGUCCUGGAUAUUGCAGAUAAUCCAGUUGAAAACAUAAUACGUUUUUUCCCUAUGACUAAGGAAUUUAUUGAUGGGAGCUUACAAACAGGAGGAAAAGUUCUUGUGCAUGGAAAUGCAGGGAUCUCCAGAAGUGCAGCCUUUGUUAUUGCAUACAUUAUGGAAACAUUUGGAAUGAAGUACAGAGAUGCUUUUGCUUAUGUUCAAGAAAGAAGAUUUUGUAUUAAUCCUAAUGCUGGAUUUGUCCAUCAACUUCAGGAAUAUGAAGCCAUCUACCUAGCAAAAUUAACAAUACAGGUGAUGUCACCACUCCAGAUAGAAAGGUCAUUAUCUGUUCAUUCUGGUACCACAGGCGUUAUUUCCAGUCUACCGCUAAGGAAGCUGGAACACCUGGAACUCCCCAGACUUGCCCUUCUAGGUAACACAAUUAAGUAACUUGGGGCUAGAAUCCUCUGGUUUUCGCAUCUUGAGCUCUACUACGAUCCUCAACAGACCCCAAUCUUUACAUCAUCAUACCAUACAGCUAGCUCUUUCUCACCUAUUCGGCAAAUCCUGUCUAAAUAAAUUUCUUGAGAUCCAUUCUGGGAUUCGCUCAUGAGGGAUUAUCCUAACAAAACGAAUCCUAUAAUCGCCCGUUCAAUUUUGUAUGAAAAUUUUAAAUGAGUUUGGCUUACAUAAACAUCAGCUCCUACAACAGAAAUCACAGUACAGUACUCGGUGUUUCUAGGGGUAGGAGCCUAGGGG